CAUUCAAUAAUACAUUGUCCUUAGAUUGUCCGGCGCAUUCUCACGACAAGUGAAUUAAUAUACAUCGCAAGGUGCGGCUCUGAGCAAGCACCUGCGGAUACGUUCAGUUGUACAGCAGUCUCGACACUCUCAUUUUCCUCCUUGGUUAGAUUCUCGCCAACGACAAGGAUCAAAACCUCCACGCGCAAAUCAAUCGCGUCCCCGUCGCCCACCAACCAUCGUCCGAUCACAUAAAAUCGAGAAGUCUGGGAGGGAAUCUAUCGCGCGUGCGAUUGUCGAAUUGAGAAAGAAGUGUGGUGCCGUGAAGGCCAGGGAAGGAUGGACAAGCGCAAGGUCAACGGCGGGGGAGCAGCUGAGGACUUGGACGAGCGCGCAUCGAAGAGGAGAAAGCUUCCUAAUGACCACGUUGAUCUAUCGCAAGGCGAAACCCCAGAAACCACUACAACGAUAGGCCUGAGAUUGCUGGAGCAAUUCAGGAAGACUAUAGACAAACAUGGACGACUCAUCUCUACGAACUUCCUCACGCUCCCCAACAAGCGACAGCUUCCCGACUACUACAGAGUUAUUAAGAUGCCCAUUGCUUUUGACACCAUCGAAGCCAAAUUGAACCGUCGGGAGUUUCCCCAUUUGACGAGCCUCGAAAGCUAUUUCAAGCGAAUGAUCUCGAAUGCAAAGGAAUACAACGAGAAGGGAUCAGAGAUCGCCGAGGACGCUGAACGAUUUAGGAAAGCGUUGAGCAAUUUCAUGGUCAGACACAAUCCAGCUUACAAGACGCCUGGAUACGUGGCCUUCCCAACGCCGAUACCUGGCACGCCAGACCGGACCGAUGGGGUUGGCAGUGAUAUGGACGCAGAUGGCGAACCCGACAACGAAAUUGAAAGCCAAUCUGUUGCUAAGAGGCAACGGGGUCGUCCUAAAAGUUUACCAAAUCAGGUUCGGACGUCGAGUAAUACGCCUGCCUUAUCAGAGCCGCGAUACUCCGGAAUCAACUUCUCAGGGCUUACCUUCCAACAAGCCCAAGAGAAACUCGUAGAGGAGUUGAUGAACGUUAAGGAAUUCGACGAGGACGAAUUUUCAAUGUUUCUGCCGUUUCUGAAGCUUCCAACGCGGGAUGAUCUUCCUGACUACUACAAAGUGGUUUCAAAUCCAAUUGAUCUCACGAGUCUCCGCAAACGUAUCAGAGGCGUCCGGGGCAAGCAAGCCGCCACUGGAAUCUCCGAAUUCAAGACCUGGGCUGCCUUUGAAGAGGAGUCAAGCUAUUUAUGGCGAAAUGCAUUUCACUAUAACGAAGAUGGCAGUGACAUAUUUGUACUGGCAAAGGAAUUACAGUCUUCCUUCAAGAAACUAUUUCAAGAGGCAAAAGCAGUUGUGCCAGAGCCUGCCGGUCCGAAGAUCAAGUUGAAGAUGCCAGAACCUGGUCCCAAGAUUACUCUCAAGUUUGGAGGGAGCAGAGCAAGUCCCGCCGAUUCUCCUGCUCCACAAUCAGCACCGCAAACAAACGGCUCUAACGGAGUUGCACUGAAUGGUCUAGGUCGUCGAAACCCUUUCGGUGGUUCUCAUUCGGCUGCCACCCCCAUUCCCAAUUUAGAUCAGCUUGAGCGGGCGCGAAGCAUGUCUGGCUCCGUACCAUCGCCAACACCCUCAAAUUCUGGAUUGGUCAAGAAUGAAGAUGGUGCUCGCAAUUCCCCUGCUGUGGUACCGGGUUAUAAUGGCUACCGAGGAGGCAGCCAAGCUGCCUCAACUCCUGGUCUGUCUGGGAAUGGUAUGCCACCACCCUCGACACCAGGUCUUCAGAACAUAUUUUCACAAGGAGGAGGAUAUGCGCAGUCUUUUAACCACCAGCCUCAGUUCCAAACCCCAAACCCUAGCUUUGAUUCAAAAUGGAGACAGCCUGGUAAAACUGCUUCCGAUGCCAUGAUCACCAACCUUAGCCUAGCAACCCAUCCAGGUCUCAACAUCUCUCACCAUUUCCGAAUGGAUCUUCCUCCAUCUCCUACAAUGGCCCAGCAGUCCAUUACCAUAAACCUUCCAUCAACUCACUAUUAUCUUCAGAUCAAGCCAACAAUUGCAGCCUCGCUUCUCGAACGUCAACACAAACUGUUUGUCACUUGUGGAAAUCAAAGAUUGCAUGCUAUGCCCACUAUUCCUGGCCAUUCAGUCGAUCAACGACACCCUCUCUUCGAGGCCCGACUCCUACCUGGUGUGAAUCGAAUCGAAGUUGAACUGAUUGCUGCACUUCCUAAAGGUGCAGCUAAGCCUAUUAGCGGUCAAGAGGUUGAGUUGGAGAAAAUCACCGUGUUUGCUAAUCUUAUGCGGUCUUGAGUUGGUGGUACUUUGUACAUAUGGCGUCAAAUUGGUAGGGAAAGGCCUCGGCGGCGUUACAUGGAGGAGGGCAGUGGUCCAAGUCACAGAAUGUGGCCUCGGCCUACCAGGCGUUGUACACUAGCAGCAUAUUGUGUUUGACUUAAUUUCGGUACACGGACAGAGCGUUGAGAAUGUGAUGCUAAUGUAUUAUACUUGAGACAACCUCGAAUCUCACUUUCGCUUUCUUGAGAAGGGAGAUAAAUGUGACUGUGAACGAGUACCGAGCCGCCUGUGGUUGUCUACCACAUUCCGCUGG